UUUCUUUAUUAAAGCUUCUCAGAAAAUCAGAAACCUUUCUUGUGUGUUAGCGUACUCUCCAUAUAUGAUAUAUCCCUAUCCCAUAAGGAAACAAAAAUUAAGCUUGGAACUUGCGAGCUCCUCCAGAACCCACCAAGGUUUCAACUUUCUUUUCCCAUAGUCCGAUUCUUGAGCAUCACCCUCCACCCCUCUGUAAAAGUAUAAAACCCAGGAAUUGGAUUUCUUCUAGAGUUUCACAUCUUGUGUCUCUUUCCUGGAGAACACAUAAUUCUUGUUCAGCAAUGUGCUUCCCUUUCUGCGUUUAAUUCUCCCGUAAAUUCUUGAAUUCCACUUCAGGUACUCCAACUGUUACCAUCCAUGGCAAGGAGAGUCCUUGUCCUGCUUUCUUUUGCUCUCUGUGUCAUCCGACUUUCCGCGGCUUUUACGCCUCCAGACAACUACUUGAUUGACUGUGGUUCAAGCACAAACACCACAAUUGAUAACAGAGUCUUCAUUGGCGAUUUAUCGAUGCCCGGAUCAGCUCUACUUUCUGAAGGUAAAUCCAUUUCCCUGACAAAUCCAACCCAUCCCUCGAACUCAUCUCCUCUCUACAGUACAGCUAGAGCCUUCACCACUGCUUCAAGCUAUAAGUUCAACAUCAACAAAAUUGGGACCCACUUGGUACGUCUCCAUUUCUCCCCAUUCACUUCUCAGAAGUAUGAUCUUAGAGUCUCGAAUUUCAGCGUUUCUGCUAAUGGUGUUUCAUUGUUGAGCAAUUUUGCUACUGGGUUCUCUGUGCUUAAGGAAUUCAUUUUGAUGGUAGAUAAAGUUGAGCUGGAAAUUUCCUUUGUCCCAACCCACGACUCGAAUUUAGCAUUUGUUAGUGCCAUUGAAGUGUUUUCUGCCCCUAAAAAUUUCUUUGUUGAUGGCCCGACUAAGUUUAUUGUCCCUAAUGGAGUUGAAGAGUUUACUCAGAAUAUUUCCUCACAAGUCCUAGAAACUGUCCAUAGGAUUAACGUUGGGGGCCAAGAGCUGACACCUUUCAAUGAUACACUCUGGAGAACCUGGCUCCCGGAUGAGGAUUUUCUCGUCUUGAAAUCUGCUGCUAAAAUUGCUUCUACUACUCAUUUACCAAAUUACCAAGAGGGGGGCGCAACCCGAGAGAUUGCUCCUGACAAUGUAUACAUGACAGCCCAGGAGAUGAAUCUCGAUAAUGUGACCUCAAUUUUUGAAUUUAACAUAACAUGGAACUUUCCUGUGGGACGUGAGGAUGCCCUACAAUUUGUUCGCUUGCAUUUUUGUGACUUCGUCAGCCUUUCGCUCAACCAAUUGUAUUUCAACGUAUAUGCCAACGAACUCAUUGCAUACAAAGAUCUAGACUUGUCUUCACUUACAUUCCAUGUCCUUGCUUCGCCAUACUACCUUGAUUUUGUUGUGGAUUCCGGGAGGUCAGGUGUCAUUCAGAUUAGUGUUGGUCCGUCUGAUUUGAGUACUUCUUUGAAGAAAAAUGCUAUCUUAAAUGGAGUAGAAAUUAUGAGUAUAAAGAAUUUUAUGGCUUCGCAUACUGGAACCAAGACUAAAAGCCGGUGGAUUUUGUUGGGUUCAGUCAUCGGAGGCUUUGUUGUGCUGUGCUUCCUGGUACUAGCUGGUUUAGUUGUGUACAGGCAACAAAAGAGAGAAGCAAAGUCAAAACGUGUGGGGAGUACAGGUACUGAUUGGACUCCCUUACGUGUUUAUGGAGGCAGCUCCCUUGGUGUAUUAUCUGAAAGGACUGCCCUUGCUUCUCCUUGUCCAAAUGGAUAUCUUGGCUUGAAGAUUCCCUUCGCUGAUAUACAACUGGCAACCAAUAAUUUUGACAAGACUCUAAUAAUUGGGUCUGGUGGAUUUGGCCUGGUUUAUAAAGGAAUUCUCGGAGACAACAAAAAGGUUGCAGUGAAGCGAGGAGUACCCGGUUCCAGGCAAGGACUUCCCGAGUUCCAGACCGAAAUCACGGUUCUGUCCAAAAUUCGCCAUCUCCAUCUUGUUUCUCUUGUGGGCUAUUGCGAAGAACAGUCCGAGAUGAUCCUUGUUUAUGAGUACGUGGAGAAGGGGACACUGAAGAGCCAUUUGUAUGGUCCACGGUUUACACCUUUAUCUUGGAGGCAGAGGCUUGAAAUAUGCAUUGGAGCAGCAAGAGGCAUCCACUAUCUUCAUACAGGUUCGGCACAAGGGAUCAUUCAUCGUGACAUCAAAUCAACAAACAUUCUGCUUGAUGAGAGUUAUGUUGCUAAGGUUGCAGAUUUUGGACUGUCAAGGUCUGGCCCAUGUCUGGAUGAGACCCAUGUAAGCACAGGUGUAAAAGGAAGUUUUGGCUACCUUGAUCCAGAGUAUUUUCGCAGGCAGCAGCUUACAGACAAGUCAGAUGUUUACUCAUUCGGGGUCGUGCUAUUUGAGGUUCUCUGUGCUAGGCCUGCCGUGGAUCCAUUGUUAUCCCGGGAGCAAGUAAAUUUAGGUGAAUGGGCACUGGAAUGGCAGAAGAAGGGGCUGCUUGAGCAGAUUAUAGAUCCUCGUCUCAGAGGUCAGAUAAGACCGGCCUCUUUGAAAAAAUUUGGGGAGACAGCGGAGAAAUGCUUGGCAGACUACGGGGUAGAUAGGCCUACCAUGGGGGAUGUGUUGUGGAAUUUGGAACAAGUGUUGCAGCUUCAAGAAAAUGAAACUGUAGAGUCUCUUGAGACCGUAGAUGUUGCUGCGGUGGAGCACCCGGCACCUGGUCAAGUUCCCUCCGGCGGCACUUGGAUUGAGAGGGAUGGUUGUGAUGGUGCUUCAAACAUAUCAACCAGCAGAGUCUUUUCCCAGCUGAUGACUAAUGAAGGUAGAUAGAUAGCUUUUGCAAUGUAGUCUUUGUAGGGUAUACCAAGUAUAUAUACGUAUACAUAUAUAUAUAUGUAUAUAUAUAUAUAUAUGGAGGGAUCUCUUAGCAUAAAGAUGGAGAACUGUCUCUUCAGAAAGUUCAUUUUGCAGUCUUUUUUUGGCUGGCAUACAUACUGAUUGUCCUAUCUGACAGUAGUUUAUUAGUUUUACUGCAAUUGUUUUACUCAAGAGCGUAUCCUGUUGUAGCCACAGGGCCUUUGGUCCGGUGGUGGUGCGGAAGAUCAAGGGUUCAAUCUUAUCUCUCAUAAA